GGGAGGGGGGGGUGGGGGCUUUUUAUUUUUUCUUUUUUUUCUUAUUUUUUUUUCUUCUUUUUUUUUUUUUUAAGGGCGGCUUUCCCUAUUUUAAAUUUUUUUUUUUAAUUUUUAAUUUUUUUCCUGCCCCUCCCGGCCUCCUCCGCGAAGAGGGAGGUGUGCUCGGGCUCCUUGUGCUGCGGGAGAGGGUCUAUGGUGAUAGCACGGGGGUGGUGAGGGCUGAGGAGGGGUCUCGCCGCCGCCCCCGCCGCCGCUGAGGAGGAGGAGAGGGAGGAGGAAGAGGCGAGGCACGGCACCAUUUGCUGCUCCGUGCCCCAGCCAUGGAGAACGCGCACACAAAGACUGUGGAGGAAGUUUUGGCUUAUUUCGGCGUCAACGAGAGCACCGGGCUCAGCCUCGAGCAAGUGAAGAAGCUGAAGGAGAAAUGGGGCUCCAACGAGCUGCCGGCAGAGGAAGGAAAAACCUUACUCGAGCUUGUGAUUGAACAAUUUGAAGACUUACUAGUUAGAAUUUUGUUGCUGGCCGCUUGCAUAUCUUUUGUCCUGGCCUGGUUUGAAGAAGGUGAAGAAACAAUCACAGCAUUUGUAGAGCCUUUUGUAAUCUUACUUAUAUUAGUAGCCAAUGCAAUUGUGGGAGUGUGGCAGGAAAGAAAUGCUGAAAAUGCUAUUGAAGCUCUUAAAGAAUACGAACCAGAGAUGGGCAAAGUGUAUCGACAGGACCGAAAAAGUGUCCAGAGGAUUAAAGCAAGAGACAUUGUCCCAGGUGAUAUCGUGGAAGUGGCAGUUGGCGACAAGGUUCCUGCUGAUAUAAGAAUUACUUCUAUCAAAUCUACAACUCUAAGGGUAGACCAGUCAAUUCUCACAGGUGAAUCCGUGUCUGUUAUUAAGCACACGGACCCUGUGCCUGAUCCUCGUGCUGUAAAUCAGGACAAGAAGAACAUGCUCUUUUCUGGUACAAACAUUGCUGCUGGUAAGGCCAUGGGGGUGGUCAUUGCAACAGGGGUCAACACUGAAAUCGGGAAAAUCCGUGACGAGAUGGUGGCGACCGAGCAGGAGAGAACCCCCCUGCAGCAGAAGCUGGAUGAGUUUGGGGAGCAGCUGUCCAAAGUCAUCUCCCUGAUCUGCAUCGCCGUGUGGAUCAUCAACAUCGGCCACUUCAACGACCCCGUGCACGGCGGCUCCUGGAUCCGUGGUGCCAUCUACUACUUCAAAAUCGCCGUGGCCUUGGCCGUGGCCGCCAUCCCCGAGGGCCUGCCCGCUGUCAUCACCACCUGCCUGGCGCUGGGGACACGCAGGAUGGCCAAGAAGAACGCCAUUGUGAGGAGCCUCCCCUCCGUGGAGACCCUGGGCUGCACCUCGGUGAUUUGUUCCGACAAGACGGGGACGCUGACCACAAACCAGAUGUCCGUGUGCAGGAUGUUUAUCCUGGACAGAGUAGAAGGAGACAGCUGCUCUCUGAAUGAAUUUACUGUAACUGGUUCAACAUAUGCUCCCAUGGGAGAAGUGCAUAAAGAUGACAAACUCAUUAAAUGUAGCCAGUAUGAUGGUCUUGUGGAACUUGCAACAAUCUGUGCACUCUGCAAUGAUUCCUCUUUGGAUUACAAUGAAGCUAAAGGAGUUUAUGAAAAGGUUGGUGAAGCCACAGAGACGGCGCUUACGUGUCUGGUUGAGAAGAUGAACGUGUUUGACACAGACCUGAAGGGAUUUUCUAGAAUCGAACGUGCGAACGCCUGCAACUCGGUGAUAAAACAACUCAUGAAGAAAGAAUUCACUCUGGAAUUCUCAAGAGACAGGAAGUCAAUGUCUGUCUAUUGUACUCCGAACAAACCGAGCCGCACGUCCAUGAGCAAGAUGUUUGUUAAGGGUGCUCCUGAAGGUGUGAUUGACAGAUGUACACAUGUCCGUGUUGGAAAUGCUAAAAUACCUUUAACCCCGGGAAUUAAGCAGAAGAUAAUGUCUGUCAUUAGAGAAUGGGGAACUGGCAGAGACACAUUGCGUUGCUUGGCUCUGGCAACCCAUGACAACCCUCCCAAAAAAGAGGAAAUGAAUCUGGAGGACUCCUCAAAUUUCAUUAACUAUGAGACCAACCUGACAUUUGUGGGCUGCGUGGGAAUGCUGGAUCCCCCAAGGAUUGAAGUAGCUUCAUCCAUAAAGCUGUGCAAACAGGCUGGCAUCAGAGUUAUUAUGAUCACUGGUGACAACAAGGGCACGGCUGUGGCCAUUUGUCGCCGCAUUGGGAUCUUUGUGGAGGAUGAGGAUGUGUCCACCAAAGCCUUCACGGGCCGGGAGUUUGAUGAGCUGUCCCUGGCUGCACAGAGGGAUGCCUGUCACCACGCCCGCUGCUUUGCCCGCGUGGAGCCUUCCCACAAAUCCAAAAUCGUGGAGUUCCUUCAGUCUUUCGAUGAGAUCACAGCCAUGACUGGCGAUGGUGUCAAUGAUGCCCCUGCACUGAAGAAAGCAGAAAUUGGAAUUGCCAUGGGUUCUGGUACUGCAGUGGCCAAAACUGCUUCUGAAAUGGUUUUAGCAGAUGACAAUUUCUCCACAAUUGUGGCUGCUGUGGAAGAAGGACGUGCAAUUUAUAACAACAUGAAACAGUUCAUCCGAUACCUGAUCUCCUCCAAUGUUGGGGAAGUUGUUUGUAUCUUCUUGACUGCUGCCCUGGGUUUUCCUGAAGCUCUAAUUCCUGUUCAGCUGCUGUGGGUGAACCUUGUGACAGAUGGUCUCCCUGCCACUGCCCUGGGCUUUAACCCUCCUGAUCUCGAUAUCAUGAAUAAACCACCACGCAACCCCAAAGAGCCCCUCAUCAGUGGGUGGCUCUUCUUCCGUUACCUGGCUAUUGGAUGUUACGUUGGUGCUGCCACAGUGGGUGCUGCUGCUUGGUGGUUUAUUGCUGCUGAUGGUGGUCCAAAAGUUUCCUUUUACCAGCUGAGCCAUUUUCUGCAGUGCAAGGAGGACAAUCCAGACUUCUACGGGGUGGACUGCGUGGUGUUUGAGUCCCCGUAUCCGAUGACAAUGGCUCUGUCUGUGCUUGUCACCAUAGAGAUGUGCAAUGCUCUCAACAGCCUGUCAGAAAACCAGUCCCUGAUGAGGAUGCCCCCGUGGGAGAACAUCUGGCUGGUGGGGGCCAUUUGCUUGUCCAUGUCCCUCCACUUCCUUAUCCUUUAUGUGGAACCACUGCCAAUUAUCUUCCAGAUCACACCUCUGAACGUGACGCAGUGGCUGAUGGUGUUGAAAAUCUCCCUCCCUGUCAUUCUGCUGGAUGAAACACUUAAAUAUGUGGCCCGUAACUACCUGGAACCUGCAAUACUGGAGUAAUCGCUUCCUAAACAAUUUUGCAGAAAUGUAAGGUUGUUUUGUUGCGUGCAUGUGUUUUUAGCAACACAUCUACCAAAACUUCUGCAUGUAUCGUGUAAAGAUUCUUUGCUUUCCCUAAAAACAAAACUCAUUGUGUUCUCUGUGGAAGAAAUGUGUGGUACCAUUAGGACUUCAUGAUACAGAUGUACAAACGUGCAAUAUAGCUUACCAAGUCGGAACUCUCUCCAGAGAAGUUGGGUUUCUGUGCUGCAUGGAGAAGAGUUUGGUUAUCCUUGAACAAGAAUUGCGGAGCUGUCAGCCAAUUUCCAUGUUCCUGUAUGUAAAAUGUCAGUUUAUACAAUGUACAAUAUCAGAUAAUGCAUGCCUUGGGUUGUAGACUGAUCUCUCUCUGUAUUGUAUCAUCCAAACAUCCUACUCCAACAGCUUCUGUACAAUGCUCUCCUAUUUAUAAAUCCAUGGAAACGAUUACAGAUGAAUGUUAAACCGUAAGCCUCCACUUCAUAACGUUGGGUUUUAUUAUCAUCUGUGCAAAUCAACCUCUUUUGCACUGUAAUGUAACUUAUUUAAAUCUAAGGCAGUAAGACAGAUGUUGGUGCAAUACAAAAUAUCGUGAUGCAUUUAUCUAAAAAGCAACGACGACGUAGCCAGUUCCCACAGCUGCAUGUGUGACCUUUAGAAGUUGUAAAUAAGAUCACUUGUCUAUUGACAUGCUGACAGUAAGGAGCAUCACACCUAGUUUCAUUUGUAUCAGGUAAAUAAAUUUAUUCUACAAUACGUACUCGGCGUGUUAUUUGAUGCACUUUGUUUCCUGCAGGUCCGUGUGCAGGCACUGCAGCGCGCUCUCAUUUUAAUGCCAGGAUGACACUUGUUAGCACCAACACCAUUGCAAUCUUUCCUCCUAGAACUAUGCAGAUGCAGCUGCUCCUCGGCAGUAUUGACCUCCUCGCUGGUGUGAUUUCCUCUGUCCAGGGGCUUGUGUGUGUGUUUAAGGGACACUGUCAAGUACUUUGAUCACUCAGUUUUUUUAAAAUGCUCCAUUGUUUGUAAAAUCCCUCUGAGAAACGUAAAAUAAACAAUUCUUUCCCAACAAAAUCUUUUUUUUUUUUUUUUUUUGUCCUUUUCUAUUUUUCUAAAUUGCCCCAGCCUAAAGUAGCUCCUGGUGUCUUCCCUUUCCUUAGGGAAAAGGAAGAUGAGCCAAAUGUGUUUGCUGCAAACCACACCACGAGCCUCCUGGUGGGUGUGCUUGGCAGUUUGGGCUGUUCUGCCACGAGCACACAAGGCUGCUGCUGGGCAAGGCUAAAGCCCUCCCUGGGUAAAAGCUGGAAUUUCCAAGUGUCCUGUAAUGCUCUUCUCCAAAGCCCAAACACCAGAUUUUGUUUGGAGUAAGACACAACUUAGGAAUGUGUUUUACAUUAAGUGUAAUGCCUCUUAGCCUCCGGCCCCUGCUAGCAGCACCCUGCUGGCAAACACCAUUAUCCAAACGAGGUGAUGCGUCUGAGACCCUUCAAACGCACCAAUGUGAGGUUUAAAAAUACGAGGGUUGAAUUCCGUGGUCCGGCAGCUCUGUAGGAUGGUGGAGGGUGCGUUAAUGCAUCAGGCUGAGCUGCGGGUGCCUGCUUCCUACUAUGGUAGUGCUGUGCUGAGCUCUGCUGCUCGCCCCGGCGCUGUCAGAGCCCGGCUCCGCACUCCUUUAUCUCCCCUGCAGCUCUUCCCGCAGCCGGAUUUAGAGCCGGGCCUUGGCACACGCGGCCGGCGCUGUCAGCACCGCCCCUGCCGCUGCAGGGCUCCCUCCGCUUCCCACGGACGCCGGAGCUCGGGACUGCCCAGGGCAGGUGGGGGAACCGCCCCACGAGCAGCUCUUGCCUUUCACAGCCUCAGCCCGGCUGGGGAAACGGAGCUUUUCUCAGAGCUCCCCAUCACUGCUGUACCGAUGCACCCGAGUGCUGCUCUCCUGCUCCUUCUGCAGCGGUGGCAGAAGGAAAGCUCAGCAGUGAUGGGAAGUCCUUAUCCAGCACCCAGCUCGUGCUGCUGUCACAGCGAGGUGCACUCCUCGGCAAACUCACACCUCACUUUUAAACAUUUCUUUACAUGAUGAUCUGCAAGUUUAAGCAGAAUGAG